UUAGGCAGCAGAGUUCUUUCUGUCUGCGAAUCAACCCCGCGUAAGAGUGCCACUAUCGAAGCCACCGAUGUGCGUUCAGUUCAUACGGAGAAACUUUCCAUAUACUACAACUACAUAUGCGAGGGCACACAAGACAGAAUCGCGUUGUACUGAGUUACUCAAACGCACGCGACCGAACAGUGUGCCGGCUAAACAGUAUCGGCAGGCACAGCCACAACAGAAAGCUUCGAUCUACGCGCUCUGUGAAGAAGUCGAACAAAGCGAGAAUCGUGUCCAAGACUCGGAUAGCCAACCAGUGGUCGCGACAACACUGAGCUAUACGGUCGGCGACAGCGGUGACACAAUUACAGGCGAGUCAUCGCCAUCGGCGCCUGUUAAAGACCUGGUUCAGCCGGUUGUUGUUACUUUAACAGCACAACCAAGCGACAGAGCUAAGAGAGGUUUCUCUUUGUGCUCUGUGCGCGAGGAGCCCUUUGCGUGACUGUGAUGAGCUCUUCUUUGCGAAUUGCAGAGAUCGGGUGUUCGGUCCUCACUGCCUGUGCAGCUCCCCUCUAUUACUCUGGCUAGUUUUCAGUACACAGCGUUUCAGAGUGUUAGCUCGUGCCUAGGGGCAGUGCUAGCUAUGCAAUGAGUCCGUCCAGUUCUUGUUUCAACGCAGAUUAGCUGUGUUAGAUAGAGUGUGUUGUCGACGGUGUUGCUUCAGAUUUUGAGCUGCAGUAGCUUAUCUACAGCGAACGUGGAUCGCGUUACUUCGUCAGCACCAGAGGAACUGCGAACGCUGAAGGGACUUCGUCCGAUCCGGUUUUCCCGUCCCCCUUUUCCUUUUGGGCUGGACGAAACUGGAGAUGAACAGAGGUCACUACGAAUGAAAAGACGGUGGCUCGUUGGCAGAAAGGAAGGGGACGUCGAAGCGCUACCGGUUAAUAGAGUCUAUUAGUGUCGUACUGUGAAAAGUGUUUUGAGGUGGUGUUAAUUGUGAGUUGUCACAGGAACCGGAAGUGUCAAAACAAUUAUCUAAACAUGAGAACGCAAAGCUGCAGCAGUGCACUACUGCUACUAAUUCCACUGCUCUUGAUCAACGGUAUGACGGUCAGUGGCGACGAUGAGGAACAAAUUAUUGGCCUGGACGGUGACUCUACCCGUUUGCCCUGUUUGGUCGACACGGCCCACUGUGGAGAUGUAUAUCUUAUUACAUGGUCGAAAUUCGUCAACGAUAUGUGGAAGCGCGUAUUCAUUUAUAGGGCGACGCGACAGACGGCCCUGCUCGAUCUUGCGGACGGUGCGACCACGAGGGCCGAUUUCUACAUAAAGAAUACAACAGCAAUUUUACAAAUUGCCCCGUUGCGUCUGACCGACGAAGCAAGAUAUAAAUGCGACGUCACCUACACGAAAGGCGGCUGUCCUUCACUCUCGUAUGCACAGCUCAUCGUGAGAGCAAAGCCUAAAGAUCCGAUUCUAGAGUUAAGUGGUGUGGAAUACACGGAUGGCUCGCCAGUGGGACCACUCCUUGAAGAAGAACAGUUUAAUGUGACGUGUACAACGCGGGGCGCUAAACCUGCCCCCGAAGUGAUCCUGUACCAAAACGAUGAAGUUCUUAGGACUGCUUUGGAAACAUCAACCGAAGAUGGUUAUAUUACAUCAGUUGUUACCUAUUCGAAUAUAUUUAACAGGAAUGACAUCCGGUCAAGAUUUCGAUGUGAAGUCCGACACGUUACCUUCCCUGAGCCGAAACGUAUCGAAGUUAAUAUCACACUUCACUUAAAACCACGCGAUAUCAGCUUGAAGCCCCCGUUAAUGAACAUCCCCGAGGGCGGUCGCAUGAUAUCGACUUGUGUCGUACAGGGCGCGAAUCCCCCGGCGAACGCCAUUUGGUAUCGCCAGGGUAUCGAACUGGGUUCUCAACCUCCGUCAUCUCAUACUCGAACCGAAGACGACACGUUCGACACAACUAGUGUACUUGAUAUUUCGGUCAAUCGCUAUGACCACGAUGUCGUAUUCGCGUGUCACGGGACCAACGAGGUCAUGAAACAGAAGGGUGCCAUUCCACUUAUGGAUAAUUAUACAAUGAGUGUACUUUUCACCCCGUUUGUGUGGAUCGAGCGGGCUAACAGUGAACCUGUCAAGCAGGGCACGGCUGUCGAUAUCAUCUGCAAUUAUACGGCAAAUCCAACCAAUAUCUUUGACUACACGUUUGCCAAGGACAACGUGACUAUCCACGCCGCUGACGACAAACUUUACGAACUCAUCCAGGAUCACAGUAACAGCUCAGCUAGCAACAGCCCGAUUCUGAGAAUCCUUAACGUAUCUAAGGACGAUCACGGAAACUACACAUGCUCCCUCAAGAACGAGAUGGGCUGGGGAAACUCGUCCAAUUCGGUUUCUCUUGAUGUCAUGUACCCACCAUCGGCAAAACUGGAGAUGAACCCAAUGACGGUGAAAGAUAUUGACACGAUGCCCAAAGACGUUGAAGUACUACUACGUUGCGAUGUUGAGGACGGCAAUCCCACUUGGACACACCGGACUCGUUGGUACCAUAAUGGAGUGCUUUUCAAUGAAACCUCCGAGUACGAGUUAGGGCUUCCUGGAUACCGAGACCAGGCAGGAAACUAUUCAUGUAGCUUGCUGAAUGAUGCUGAUUAUGGAAAUCUUUCGUUGCCUGUAUACCUCGACGUUGAAUAUCCACCUGGCGCUGCGCGUAUCGAGAUUGCAGAGCUAUACGCCGUUAAAAAUAAAUCAGUCACGUUACUAUGUCUUCUGGAUGGCGUGGGACACCCAGAUGUGCAUGCCUAUUCGUGGUAUGUCAAUGACACGUUCCUCGAUGAGACGAUUGCCAACAACUACACCAUCGACAACAUCUCUAUGGAUACCCAGCGUCAAUAUGGAUGCGAGGGCAAGAAUACUGUAGGCAGCGGCCCUCGGGGCUAUAUGGAUCUGAUGCAGUUUGCUCCUCCAGCUAUCGUCGAGCCACUUCCACCCGUAUUUGGAGCUCUAUUCAACGACUCGUCCAUUGAGCUACGUUGCCGAAUUGAGUGCAGUCCGGAGUGCAGCGUCCAAUGGCUCAGAACUCAUCCUGAUAAGGGGACGUACAAUCUUAUGUAUGAUCCGCUCUACACGAUAAAUACUAUACUGGAUCCCGCCAACAUAAGCGAAAACUACUUUUCUGGGGUGGUGUCAACGUUGCGCUUCAACCUGCAACUCUUUCCGAACGGUCUCCUUGACCUCAGUAAGGAUGGUACUCAAAAUAAAGACUUUAUCGUACACUACUCCUGUGUAAGCAGCGGUAAUUUCGUUGGACAAUCGGUUAAUUCAACUACAAAGUUUCAGGUUGAAUACGCUCCAAAUAACGUUCGCGUCAACCCAGAACGCCAAAAUGUUCGCGUCGGAGACCGCCAUGAACUGGUUCAGUGUCGAGGCAAGGGCGUUCCUCCGCCUCAGUAUCAAUGGUUCUUUAAUGGAGAGGUUGUGUCGAACAGUUCCCAACUGCCGCCUGAAUACGAUCUCAAAAAGGAUCAUCAUGGCAAUUAUACAUGUAUUGCUUCAAAUAAACAUGGCCAGGCAACAAAAGUAGCUUACAUCAAUAUUGUCUAUAAACCGUCGUGCCAAAUUCAACCCGAAAGCUCAACGGGCGACGACGACGAGCCGGAUCGUCUCGUAUGCCGGGUCGAUGCUAACCCAGCUAAGUUCUCUGUUAAAUGGGAUCGCAAUAAUAAACCCCUCAAUGACAAAAACGUCAUUAUUGAGGGGAUGUCGGCGGUGCUUGUUCGGGACCCCGACACGGAACGGUUCCACUUGGGCGAGUAUCGUUGUGCGCCAAACAACUCGAUCGGCUUCACGGAGUGCGCCUACAAUGUUGAGGGCGCGGCCACACUGCCUGCCGGUCUCGUGUGGAUCGUUCUUGCUGUCAUCAUUAUCUUAUUGCUGCUAACAAUUAUAGUUUUGUUGAUCUGCCUCUUCCGACGGAAGAUAAAACAACCUGACCCAUAUGAUAUAAACAGCGGUAGUUAUGGAGGUGGGCCUCCCGGCACUUAUCAGAACAUUACCAAGGACCGUGCCCCACCUCCUUUACCACCCCAAGGCAAUCCGAACGCGGUUGCGCCAGCUUACGAAAACAUACCCUACAAGCGACCACAACCUAAAAAGCAAAUCGGUGCCGGUGAAGACCUGGUCUAUGCCGACCUAUACGAAGACAUUAAGGCCGGCCGCAUACCGGACCCACGAACAACCCAGCCUGACCUACCUCCAAAAAAAGAGCUGGUUUCCACGCCACCGUUGCCCCCAAAAGCGCCCGCAAGAAAAUCCAGACAAUAAAUAGCCGCUUCAAAUAAAACUGUUCACAGACAGAAUGUAAAAGAACUGUCCAUACCUAGAAUAUCUCGAGAAGUUUUGACACGCGGAUACACAGGUGGGGCGAUAAAUUCGAAUAAUAUAGGGCAUAAAAAACGAAAUACAUGAUUCUUUUACCGUUGAUUUAUUAUCAGUGAGCUGCACUGAAGGCACGAAUAGUGCCUUAGCUAGUGCUGCAUGUCAAGGGGGAGAAGAGACUGCGAAGUGUUGUCUAACGGCGUGGAAAAAAUUGUGGGUCACAGGCAAGUUCCCUGUCGCUCUGGCAAGCUUGGCUGCGAGCAACCUUAUGUCAGGGAAUCGCUCGAUGAUCGUGUAUAUAGAAAGGUUAUGUCUCGAUGUUACUAGAUAUUGAAUAAAUGUAUGUGAGAUUAAUAUGAUACAAAAUCUCGCAGUUACUGGCACUGUUAAAUUCGUUGCCUAACCCGCUGAUUCGUCGGGAUAGUAAUUGCUGACCCUUCAUCUUCACGAGCACAGGAACUCGCUUGAGGGACUUUCUUCGACUCUUCAGUUUGCUCCUAAAUUGUUUUAGCCCAUUAAAUUAUAAUCUUGUAACACAUUAGAUCGUCGUAAUUUCACAUAAACCAAAUGAUAACGAAUAAAGUGAACUAGUUUUCGAACCCCCGCCUUCUUCCCAUAUGCUGUAUUUGCUAAAAUUGAAUAUCUCACUAUGAAACCCCCAAAUUCAUUUGAUCGAACCUAACGUAUCGUAUGCAACAAAUGCGGUUAUUACUGGCUAGCCUUUAGGAACAGUAGGGGAAGGGUAAAAGUGUCCGAAUUGUAAAGGUGUCUCACGUCACCCGUUGGUGCAGCGAGGUAAUGGAUCGGUGUCUUGGCAUUGGCGUUUGAUCGCCUGCCGCUAAUGUGUGAGGGAAAAUGGGGUAGUCAGCCGUUAGAGUUAGUUAGCUCUUUGCGGCCAUCUAAACAAACUACGAAAACAACUAGAAAAUAGAUAAAGUAGCAGCAGGCAGCGUGAGCGUCGUAAGCAACCGCGCCAGUAAUAGUUAUGAUACGAUAGCGCGCACAAGACAGGCAGUAUGAACCCGCCCCAUCGCGCGGACAAAAUGUUUGCGCAUUUGAGGGCAACGCAGAAAAACCCCUUCUAAAGAACAAACUUUCUCGCCUAGUCUGUCUCCUUAUAGAACGGCGAAAGGAACCAAUAGAUUAUUUCCAAUAUCGUAGCAUAUUCGUCUUCUUCUGAUUCUGCCUGUUGAGUACGAGCUGCAUAUAACCAGUUCUUUUUACUCUGCGCCCUUAGGACAAUAAGGGUUUGAAUGUAUGUUUUAACAAUGACUCCGACGUUCUUGAUUUAACUUAGCUUUACAAAAGCCGUUGGCUUAGCUUGACGACAGACGCCGUGGUAAAAAUGACAUCAAAAGGAAAAAACACUUCGGUGUGAACUUUUAAGUAGUAAAUCUUUUUCAAACUAAUAAGUUAGCGGAAUAACCGCAAGGAAGUAAUGUGUUGAAAUGCUACAGUGAAGGCCUAGCUGCAAUAGGACAAGUAUGCCGUUCACAAAAUCACCACUUCGUAAUAUUGGAAUAGAGUAUUGAAUCACAAUAACGGAACAAUUGAUAUAUUAGCGCUACUGAAAUCGUGUGACUAUCUCUUCCCUAUAGGAGGGGACGCUCUCAUUUUCUGGCCCAACUCCAACCUACUAUGACUGUCUUAGUUAACCGCACGGCUGUUGUUGUUGUUGUUUAUAUUGUCGUAUUCCUGAAAACGAAGCCUUGAUAGCGUAUUAUUCAAUAGAACGUGUUACAUAGUGCGUCUGAAGGAAGAAGGCAGGUUUUCAAUUGAGCUACCGUAAUAGAGCGAAACUAUGAUACUCAUAUCAACUCCAUGUCCUCGGUUUCAACUUGAAUAACGUACUUUAAAAGGCCAGUCACGGCAGCUGUCUGUCUGGCACAUGAUAGUAUAGACCCAUCUGUCACUGACGGAGAUACCCUCUCGCUAAAGUAAGAACAGAAACUAGAUAUUUAUUAGAAUCCUCGAUUCAAGGCCUUUAUUGUGUCCAAGAAACAGUGACUAGGACAUAUGUAUGCCCAAUACACGCGAGUGCCUAGCACGCUGUGUAAUUUAUUUCUGACUAAGAUACAUCAGAUGAAGAACGCCGAAUGGGUUGAGGGCAGCGGUGGCUUGCUGGCUUUCUCGGUAUGACGAAGUGUGUUCCUUAUCUGUAUGCGUCCGUAGAUGUUUCAACAGCAAAAGCAUUGUGAACUAUCUGGAAAUCUAGAAAAUGAUCUGGAAUAAUGUCCAUGAUGAUGAACAGUUGUUUGUUGAAAAUAAUUUAAUAUUAAACAUGUCAGAAUAUACAGAAGCAGUUGUCUGAUAGCUGCUGAUUGUAUCGUUAAACAUCAGAAAUAAACAAAUGUAAUAGUCAAUGCAGUGUCGGUCUACAACGGCUAUGUUCGGUGUGAGCAAUAGGAAUUAUUAUUAUUACCAAAUUGAAAAAUCAGCACAAACGCACACACAGAAUAUAUGAUACUGUUUCAAUUUGUUGAGGCGCGCGUCACAGCUUUCUUCUCUACCGGAUAAAGUAUUGGUGUACCCUAAGCGACUGUAUGGGCCUUCGUGCUUGCGACAAUAAGCAUUUGUAGAUGUUAGCUCACGUGCCUUGUAACUUCGAAGUUAAGUUUAUUAGGUAACAACGACGCGUUUGCAGGUGUUCCAUCGCACAGAGUCGUCGUUCGCGUGGUUGAGACCCGUGCCUGCGGCGUUGCGGUUCAAGCAUUGAUGUUAUUCAACUUUUUUUUACAACCAAUGCGGCUAUUCCAGGUGUAUUUGUCAUUACGAAACCCGCGGAUGGCUGUGUUAGGCGUGGUACUUUCUAGGACUUCCGUAAAGAUCAAGUUUGCCAUUCGAACGACGCCAAAAUAUGUGAUACCUCACUGCAGACAAUGCGCGGAAUUAAAGCCCUCUCGUUUGCGACACAAGAAGCCUAUGCCUAUUGAAUCGUCACUGCUUAAGGCUCACGAAGGUCAAGCGGACAAUUGCAGCAAGGAAAUUAGUACUCUAAGCGCAUAAAUAUAUCGUACCGCAUAUCCUAGCCGUUAAUAGUAAGGGUAACACAGUUACGUUUUCCGGUCAUGCCUAUUACAAUAGUAAACAUUAUAGCUUGUCUACGUGGAUAAUAUUCGAAUUGUUUGAUCUUGUUCGAUCCCUCAAACAACGGUGAAGUUUGAGGCCUAUUUGCAUUCAUAUGUUGCUCACGCGAAAAUCGAAUAUGCUUUAGAAGGAAGCACAAUUCCCUGGACGUGAGUCGAACGGCUCGACCCACGAUUAAAUGCAGUCCGCCUGGGUACCAUUCGGGGUCGAGCUUCCAAUUACAUGAUGUUCCAUAAGAUAAUUUUUAAGAAAAUUCCUUAAGAAAAUUAAGUAAAGCUCUAAUUCAACAUCGUGGUAAAUCCGUUUAGGUCAGAUCGCGACAUCUAUAGAGUCGCAUAGUGUUGGCCCGUAGAAUGGUAGAUAUUUUGU